AUACUCAGCUCCCCUACACAUUAAAGCCCCUCCUUGCCCUCUGAGUGAUCUGAUCCCCAACAAGUAGGAGAUGAGCCAGGUUCCGAAGGUUAGCAUCAUGGAUGAGAGGCCUUGCUGGGCCUGUGACACCAGGCAGACUCGGGCCCCACAGAGGGCAAGCGAAGCGGUGUCCUGAGAGCUGUCGGCAAAGGGGACAAGUCCAAACCAGGGAAGGGGGAGGCGGGAGAAGGAAGGGUGCUGCGGCUCCAGAGCCCGUGAGAGGACUUUGAGCCAGGAGUGGAGGGGCAAGACGGAGCUCCAGGGCCAGAGACUCAGAGAUCAGAGGUGAGGGGCAGGCGCGGGAGAGCGACUAGGGGCGGGGGUGGAGGCGGGGACUAGGGGGUCUGAGGAGGUGCGGGUUUGAGGGGAGGGGGCGGGGCGGGUCCUUCCAUGGGAGUGGGGGGAGGGGCGGGGGCCCAUGUGACCGGCUCAGACCGGUUCUGGAGACAAAAGGGGCCUCAGUGGUCUUGGCGGACCGUAGCUGUAGCGGGAGGGAGCGAAGCAUCCAUCGACAGUGAGCGAGUGAGCGCGCACAGCAGCCAUGGCUUCAGUCCCUCCAGGCUGCAGCCACCAAGGAGACUGAGGCGGGGGGUGGAGGGCUACGCUGAGUCCCGGAAUUGCGGCUUCAAGUCCUCCCUCCGUCGGCCCCUCGGGGUGGAAGGUGUUGUCCCCAUCGGGGAAGGGAAUGGGCAGGAAACUCUAACCCAAACUUUUCCUCUAGGAUGCAGCACCGAGGCUUCUUCCUUCUAGCCAUUCUUGCCCUCCUGGCGCUCACGUCCGCUGUGGCCAAAAAGAAAGACAAGGUGAAGAAGGGCAGCCUGGGGAGCGAGUGUUCGGAGUGGACCUGGGGGCCCUGCAUCCCCAGCAGCAAAGACUGCGGCAUGGGUUUCCGCGAGGGUACCUGCGGAGCCCAGACCCAACGCAUCCAUUGCAAGGUGCCCUGCAACUGGAAGAAGGAAUUUGGAGCCGACUGCAAGUACAAGUUUGAGAACUGGGGGUCGUGUGAUGGAAGCACCGGCACCAGAGCACGCCAAGGGACCCUGAAGAAGGCUCGCUACAAUGCCCAGUGCCAGGAGACCAUCCGCGUGACCAAGCCCUGCGCCUCGAAGACCAAGUCGAAGACCAAAGCCAAGAAAGGGAAAGGAAAAGACUGAUCUCAGGAUGCUGGAGAGCCUCUGGCCUACCUGGGUCCCUGAAGGAAGCUUCUCUCUCACGGGCCCAAAAUAGAACCCACCAGUGCCUUUUGUCUUCCACAGCUUUGUCAAUCACGCCCUGCCGCUGCCUUCUCACCCCACACCAAGUGCCCAAAGUGGGGAGGGACAAGCACAAGGGAUUCUGGGAAGCUUGAACCUCCCCAGAGGGAUCUGAUUCCCAGCACCCCAUUUUGUUUUCCCUACCCUGAUAUGUUAAGAAAUGAGUAAAAUAAACUCACAUUUUUUUCUCCAAUAAAAGCUUCUUUUU